AUGUCAAAACAAUCUGUGGUGAGUGCAGUAUGGAUCCCUAUCGUGCCACAACAACACGACUCGUCAUCUGGUUAUGAUCGUCUACAUCCUACUACGCCACAGUUAUAUAAUGUGACAUCGAAGCAUACUCCACUCGACAAUACUUAUAGCAAGAAGCUUAUCAACGAUAAAGUACAAGUAGAGACCAAUGCUAAUCGAUUCAAUUCAAUUUGUCAUAAAUGCAAAAGUCAUAUUGAUGGUAGUCAUCGAUCCCAAAUCACAUUUAACAACCGUAUAUAUCAUCUUAAUUGCUUUAAAUGUGCUAUUUGUCAUAAAAAUCUGAGUGAUUCACCGAGAAAUCAAUUUCCAAUCUAUGAUGAUGGUGAACCUUUAUGUUCACGCUGCGAAUUAACAACUGCAAAAACUUGCACUGUCUGUGGAACACGUAUUGUUAGUGGAGGAUUGAUUAAUUUCAAUGGCAUGAGUUAUCAUGCAGGUUGCUUUCGUUGUGGUCAAUGUCAUCAGCCAUUAGCACAUGAGAAAAAUUCGUACACACAAAAUAUGAAACCUUGUUGUAUUCAAUGUUACAAAAAUCAUUUUGCAUCACGAUGUGCAAAAUGUUCCCAUCCGAUUUUUGUUGGAGGAUCGAUUAAUUACAAUGGAAAGAAAUAUCAUCAAGAUUGUUUUCAUUGUGGACAAUGUCAUCAAGUAGUGACUGAUUCAGAAUAUUAUACACAUCUUGGCGAACCUUGUUGUAUAAAGUGUUUCAAUGAACGCAUUGCAUCUCGAUGUUCACAAUGUUUUAAAAUAAUUUCUAGUGGAAAAUCAAUUACUUGUGAUGGAAAACACUAUCAUCCAGAUUGUUUUUGCUGUGGUCAAUGUCAUAAAAUGUUGAUCAAUGAAAAAGAUUUAUUCAAGCAUAAUGAAAAGCCCUGUUGCAUCAAAUGUCACGAGGAAGUAUUUGCACCACGAUGUUCAAAAUGUUCAAGACCCAUAACCGAUACCAAAGAAUCAAAAGUUACAUAA